UUGCACCACCGAAUAACCCACAACUCAUCCAGCUGUGCUGUGUACCACGAGCUAGAGACUAUCAUCCUUUCUAAAGGAAACCUCUGCAUAGUAAUCUUUGCACAAAGCCUGUUUGCACGUUUAUGUAACAAACAGGAUCGGUCGACGAAAGGUUUGGAUGUGCGUGAUUUGUGAAAAUAGGGAAGUGGCGCUGGCUAAUUAUACACACAAUGGGCUAGCCCAGCCACCUGUUACUUUCAUCUCAUCACCUUCGAGCUGAUCAUCAAUGUUGAACUUCCUUCAAACUUGACAACAGAACUCGUAGCAGGUCCUCUUUUGGAUCUCUUGUGAACAAUGUUCUUCUAUCCCAUGUGUGUGACACUGCUGGUCCUGUGGUGUGGCGUCUCCAUAUCAACAGCUCGCGUUUCUUACCCAAAAACUCUGCCAUGUGAUGUUGUGGAGGACAGAAACGGCAGUGUGACGGUCGACUGCACUGAGAGAAGCCUCACAGAUAUCCCCCCAGGCAUCCCAAGAGACACAACCAAUCUGACGCUCACCAUCAACCACAUUCCUCAGUUAAACUCCACCUCUUUCAUCGGUCUGGAGAACCUGAAGGAAAUUGACAUGAGGUGCAACUGCGUGCCCAUCAAAAUCGGGCCCAAGGACCGCAUGUGCACUAAGAGUGUGAUAAUAAGGGAAAACACCUUCACCAGCUUGAGGAACCUGCGAGCACUGUAUCUAGAUGGCAAUCAGCUCUACACGAUACCGAAAGGCCUCCCUCAAAACCUGAUCCUGCUGAGUUUGGAAGUGAAUCACAUUUACAAUAUUUCUAAAGUAAACCUCACUGAGAUUAGAAAUAUUGAGAUGCUGUACCUCAGUCAAAACUGUUAUUACCGUAACCCAUGUAAUACUUCCUAUGCUAUAGAGGACGGUGCAUUUUUACAGCUGACCAAUUUGACAUUGCUGUGUCUUAAGUCAAAUAACUUAUCCUUUAUUCCACAUCAACUGCCCACAAGUCUGAAGGAGUUGUACCUCUACAACAACAACAUUAAAGUAGUCACUGAUGAGGAUUUCAAAAACCUGACUCACCUCGAGAUUCUAGAUAUUAGCGGAAACUGUCCACGAUGCUACAACGCUCCAUUCCCAUGCGAUCCGUGCCCAAAUAAUUCCCCACUUAAUAUCAGCAAGACGGCUUUUAAAAUGUUGACCAGACUAAAGACGCUGCGCCUGCACAGCAACUCGCUGACGUGUGUGCAGUCGGAGUGGUUCGCCAGCACAACAGAGCUGAGAGAGCUCGACCUCUCGUCUAACUUUCUAGCAAGGGCGAUAGGAGUCACCGACUUCCCACAAUUCCUGGGCAAACUGGAAGAAUUGGACCUUUCGUUUAACUAUGAGCUACAGAAGUACCCUGAAACACUGAAGCUGAGCUGCAGUUUCUCCUCCCUCAAAUCCCUUCGCGUUCUCAGACUGAAGGGCUUUGUGUUUCAGCAGCUGCAGCCAGAGAGCAUUGCUCCUUUAAAACCUCUCACAAACUUGGAGGUUUUAGAUCUCGGUACAAACUUUAUUAAAAUGACAAACCUCAGUAUUCUGAUGGAGCUAAAAAGCUUUAAAAUAAUCAGUCUGUCUGACAACAAGAUAUCUUCCCCCUCUGACGGCCUAGAUGGAGUCGGUUUUUCUGGGGGGGAGCCCUUGUCCUGGUCUCCCAUGUCGGCUGCAGCUCAGUACCAAAAUGAGGAAGUGAGAGAGAUGCAUUACUUCAGAUAUGAUGAAUAUGCACGCAGCUGCAAAUACAAAGAUAAGGAACUUGGAACGAUUACAUCCUUUGUCAACAAGAAUUGCAGUCAGUUCGGCAAAACCCUGGAUGUGAGCAGGAACAACAUAUUCUUCUUGCAUUCAAGAUUUUUAAAUCUCGGAGAGCUGCGAUGCCUCAAUCUGUCUGGUAAUGCAAUGAGCCAAAGUCUGAACGGCUCUGAAUUUACAUAUCUGACUAAUUUACAAUAUCUGGACUUCUCCUCUAACCGCCUGGAUCUGCUCUACUCCACUGCGUUUCAAGAGCUGAAAAGUCUGGUCAUCUUGGAUAUAAGUUACAACAACCAUUACUUUGAGUCAGAGGGCUUGACUCACAUGCUCAAUUUUACUAGGAAUUUGAAAAAUCUCAAGAUAUUGCUCAUGAACCACAACCAGAUCUCUACUUCCACUAACACAGAGCUGGAGAGUCAAUCUCUAGAGAGGUUAGAGUUCAGAGAUAACCGGUUAGAUAUGUUGUGGAGAGACGGGGACACCAGAUACGUCAAUUAUUUCAAGAACCUACUCAAUCUCACUGUCCUCGACAUCUCUGCUAAUAACCUCAAUUUCAUUCCACCGGAAGUGUUCAGCGGCUUGCCAGACAAACUAUCUGAGCUCUACAUCAAAAACAACAAACUAAAAGAUGAAUCCUUAAAUUGGGAGAAACUACAGCUUCUACAAUCUUUGGAAGUCUUAGAUCUCAGUGGAAACAGUCUGACUACUGUUCCACCUAUGCUGUCAAUCUGUACCAAAUCUCUGAAGAAGCUCCUUUUACAUAAAAAUCAAAUCCUAAAACUCACACCAGAUUUCCUCAAGGAUGCCUACAACUUAAAAUACCUGGAUCUGAGUUACAAUCACAUACAGCACAUCGAGAAAUCCAGCUUUCCGGAUGAUGUCGUCGAGAAGAUGGACAUGCUGCUUCUGCACAAAAACAGAUUCCUGUGCACUUGCAACGCCACUUGGUUUGUCACAUGGCUCAACAGGACCACAGUGACCAUCCCCAGACUGGCCACGGAUGUUACAUGCGCCAGCCCAGGGGCACAGCGAGGUCAUGCUGUGAUCUCAGUGGACCUGCUGGCCUGCCAGCACAGCUACCUGUCAAUCAUCCUCUACACCCUGAUGACUUCCCUCGUCCUCAGCUUCCUCACGCUGUCAAUCUCCAGCCAUCUCUUCCUGUGGGACGUGUGGUACAUCUACCACUUCUGCAGGGCAAAGCUCAAAGGUUACAGCCGCCUGUACUCCCAAAGCUCUGCCUAUGAUGCCUUUGUGAUAUAUGACAAGGAGGACUCGGCGGUGACCGAGUGGGUGAUGAAGGAAAUGUGCGCUCAUCUGGAGGAACACGGAGACCGUCGCCUGACGCUCUGUCUGGAGGAACGGGACUGGAUGCCCGGAUGCCCCCUGAUCGACAACCUCUCCCAGAGCAUCCACAACAGCAAGAGGACGGUGUUUAUUCUCACCAGCAAGUACAUCAAAAGUGGCAACUUCAAGACGGCUUUUUACAUGGCCCACCAAAGGCUGAUGGAUGAGAGAAAUGACGUCAUCGUGCUGAUCUUCUUGGAGAGAGUGUCUUGCAAUUCGAGGUACCUGAGAUUAAGGAAGAGACUGUAUAAGCGGUCUGUGCUGGAGUGGCCAACGAACCCGCAAGCUCAGCUGUACUUCUGGUUCAGCCUGAGAAGUGUUUUAGCAACUGAAAGUCACAAACAAUACAACAAUCUGUUUAAAGAGACUCUGUAAAAAAACCAAACAAUAUACUGUGAUACUUAGU